UAUGAAGUCAAUGAUGAGCACCAUUUCAAACAUUUCAAAUAAUUUUAGAGCUUCCUGCAAAUCUGAAUAAUCAAUAACUCCUUAAAGAGUACCUUAUAAGUAACCAUAUUUAUUUAGAUUUGUAGUGGAGGGUCAUAAUAAAUUUGUUUAUCCAAAAAAUCAUAUACGAGCAAUAAUUUAAUUGAAUGUGUGUUAAUUGAGUAUAAAUAACUUUGUUCAUGGGUAAUUAGAGAAAUAAAUUUGAAAAUAGAUCAUAAUUAGAUGAUCAGCAACAUAAAUAAGCAAUUAUUUUAAUUCGAAAGGUUUUUAGCAAAAAAAUUGGAUGGUUAUGGUUAAGAAAUUUAAGCAUUAAAAUUAUGUAAUUAAGAAAAUUAAGGAACAAUUAAUAAAUUAAGUUCUGCUAAUUAAGAUUUGAAAAAUAAACUGAAAUAAAUCUCAAAUAAUAUAAAUGAUGAUUUAGUGUAAAACACACCUUUAAAGAAAAGAUAAAACUAUUCAAUUGAAUUAAUUACAAAAUAACCAUUAAGAACUAUAAGUUAUUCUUUAUAAGAGCCUAAUUGUGACAAAGAGAAUAGAGAGAUAUUCUAAAAAAAAAAGUCUUUAAAACCUAAAUUUAAAAUUUGA